GACUCUUUUUCUCUUCGGUGCUUUAGUAAGAUAGCGUUAGUUCUGCUGAGCAGGCUGAGGAGACACCAUGAGAAACUUUAGCGUUAGCUAACGCUACCUUAGCUCACUGCUUUCUGCUAACCUGGCUAAGAUUCAGCUAACCAGUUUGUGCAGUUCACUGCAAAACUCUGGGUAGUCAGCUGGCUAACUUGUUAGCUAAAUAAUAAUUUCUCACACGAAUUAAAGUGAUUUACAACCUUUUACGAGUAUUGAGGUGUGUUAUCAGGUAUUUCUCUCCAUAGCCGAAAAGAAGCUUCUCAUUUGACAGCUUCUUGUUCGAAUUUUCCCGUUCCACCUUAAAUGGUGCAGCAGUUUCGUUGUAACUGCUGCGCAGUUCUUAAGGUGGAACGGGAAAAUUAGAACGAGAAGCUAGCGAAUACCGACAGGAAACUUCUCUGGUUUUCUGAGAAUAUGGUUCAUUUUGUUAUCUAGGGUCCAGGGAUCUCACCACAGGACCAUGUCUGGUGACCUAGUCGGUGUGUGGGAGGUGGCCCUGAGUGAUGGCGUCCACAGGAUUGAAUUUGAACAUGGCACAACCACGGGAAAAAGGGUCAUUUACGUAGAUGGGAAGGAAGUUCUCAGGAGAGACUGGAUGUUCAAACUGGUUGGCAAAGAGAGCUUUAAUGUGGGCAGCUCAGACACGAAGGCCACCAUUAACAUUGACGCAGUGAGCGGCUUUGCCUAUGAGUACACUCUGGAGAUUAAUGGAAAAAGCUUGAAGAAGUAUAUGGAGAACCGUUCCAAGGUGACAAGCACCUGGCUGCUCAACCUAGAUGGCAUAGACUGCAGAGUGGUCCUGGAGAAAGAUACAAUGGACAUUUGGUGCAAUGGACAGAAAAUGGAGACAGCUGGGGAGUUUGUAGAUGACGGAACGGAAACUCAUUUCACUCUGGGCGACCACGACUGCUGCAUUAAGGCCGUAAGCAGCGGGAGGAGGAGAGAUGGCAUCAUCCACACGCUCCUGGUGGACGGCACUGAAAUGUCAGAGGCUGCUGAGUGAGAAGCUGUGUUGGUGGAAGUUGCCAUUUUAAUCUGAUCUCAGGUCAGUCUUGUAGUUGCCCUUGUACACCUCAAUCAGUGCUCCUGCUCUGAGAAGCUUUGUGAAUACUAGCCCUGGUCCCGAUUCAGCAUAAAGAGGCAACUUCUAGCCACAGCCCGUAUGUAUGCAUGAGGUUGGGGAAUAGUGUGAGUCAGAGAUGUUUGUGUAGGUGUGUGUCUUUGUGCAUUACAUUAAUGCCAUGGAUUGUGGUGUCCAACUUUACCAGUCAUAGAGCCAACAUAACUGAGUACAUUGCCAUUGGCACAUUAGCAUAAGUAGCCCUGGUGUUAACUUCCUGUCAAACAUUAAUCUGAGACAAUAAAGCAGGCCAUGACCGACAUUUCAUAGAGCACAUGAUUUUUACCACUAACCACUAUGAUCUUGAUUCUUAUCAGUAGGAGUUUUAUCUGUAAUGUGUCACUAGUUCACCAGCAAUGAAACAAGGUGUAGAAGUAAUUGUUUGGUAAAAUAUAUAAUGUCAAUGAUAUUGAUGUCAGAUAUUGCUUUCUUAGUCUGAAUUUACACUGAACAUGAACUCAUGUUACUGUAAAAGCAUACAAUGUGUGCCAGCUUUGUUUCCCUUUUAGGUAUACUGAUGUGGAAAAUAAGAAACUUAAUCUCCACAAUGAUUUGCAGGUUGAGAAAUUCCCCCACCUUGUAAAGUAUUUCACUUUCACUUUGACCUCAAGCCUUCAGAAAGAAGACCAACUGGCAAAAUGGAGCUGGUCCACAUUGCUGCAUACACUGAUUGUAUGGACUGUAAAAUGCUUAAACAGUUUAUUCUUUACAUGUGUGGUGGCACCAUCAUCGUGUCUUCAAAACUGACAAGUGGUCUAGUUAGGAAUAAAUGUGCAGUACAGAUGUUUACAGAUAUUUAGAGCAUUAUACAAGUACCCUUAAAGGUUCUUCAGGUCCACCAGCCGCCACCUGAGGGCAAGGAUUUAUGGCAAUAACAUUCCUAUGGAAGUGCACUUUUUUGUUUCACUGUCAUUUCUACUAACAGAUGGAAGGUCCAAUAUGUUCUGAGAUAGGGUAUGUUUUUAUGUUACAUUAUUUUUAUUUUACAUUUACUAACAUAUAUAUGUAGUAAAAGCAAAUAAAUCUCUUCUUGCAUUAAAAGAUCCCCAGCCUACAAGAUGAAAGAUUACCACCUGCCUUCUUCAUUGAAGCCCCCUAGCACAGCUUAUUAAGGCCCUUUCCACUGGUGUAUGGGAGUUUCUGAAAAUUUAUUUUUUCUCUCCUGUUUGAAAACCCAACCACAUGAAAACAGCGUUUAAGCCACUGAAAACAGAGCUUUUAAAAAUUUCAGAAAAAAAUAUUUGAAAAAGUGCUGAUCUGGGCAUCAGCUUGCACAUGGUCACUGCUGUUUCGAGUAAGAUUCAAGGCUCCGUGUAGCUGACAUGGCUGAUCAUCAAGUUUCUUUGUGGUUUAUAAUAUUGAGUCUGAUUAUAUGUUUACUUAAUUUAUCACUACAUCUUCAGUCCAAACUUCGACCACCACUGUUUUCUUAAUACUUCUUGACAUAGCCUUUGUGUUGUGUUUGCAACAUCCUGUUAUGCCCUUUCUGCAACUCCAUAUGUUCCAUAUUUUCCACAAAAAACAGGCUCAUAAUGUUCUUCUCAAGGCUUUAAAUUUUAGGGUGUAUUAUUGCAUCCUCCUGGGCUGGCAUGCAGAUGUGAACAUUUUCAAAUCAUUUUUGCAUGGUUGUGUGGACAGAUAUAUUUUUGAAAAAAAAUGCUGCUGUUCUGGGUGGGGUUUUUUCCCCUUUAAACAGGGGAGAAUGUGUUUUUAGAAAUAUCUGAAUACGUGUGGAUGAGGCCUUGGCCAUAUAGCAUUGUUGAGUGCCUAUCUAUGCCAAAGUACUCAAAAAAAAGGGCCAGUUAGACAUGAUUACAGGAAUUCUCUUUUUUUCCCAAAUAAGAAUUACAGCAAGGCUCCUUCCCUGCAAGUGCUUUUCCUGAAUUUCUUUUCUUAAAAUUUUAACACGUACAUUUUUAACACCAAUCUCUCUAUGAGUAACUUCUAAAGCUGAUGUCAAUAUUGUACCUCUCAGUAUUUGUUUAUUGUAGAAAGCCCCUUUGACAUUAUAUUCUUGUAUUUAAAGUCAUGUACAGUAUGUGUACUGUAUGUUUCUGUAUUUUGUUGUGUUGGCUGACAAUGCAAAUGUUGCAUUUGUGUAACCAGAUUAAAUCUGUACAUGUUGAA